CGGAGGCGGCUGCAGUGUGUGAGGAGCUGCCCUUGGCAGUGGUGCCCGUCCGUCCGUCCGAGCCAGGCUCUCAGUGGUGUGUUCCCCAGUCUGCCCGUUGCCAGCCCGCCUGCCUCCUGCAGCGCAGGGAUGUGCUCCUGCUCACUGCUCGCACUUGGGGACAAAGUUCUGCUCUCAGCUCCUAGAUCUGCUUUCUGCGCAUGGAAAAGCAUGAAUGGGAAAGAACCGCGGCUGUGAAAGGCGGCGGAGCCUCCAUCCUGGGGGCUCUGGAGGGGCUCUGCCUCCCCUCCCCCUUUCCCUCAGCACGCCAGUCUCUGGAAGAGGCUUUGGCUGGGAACAGACAAUCACGGCUCCUGCCAAUAAUGAGUGACAGGCGGCUUGUGGAUGGCAGACCUGGACGUGUAUAAAGACUUGACUCCUGAGAAAGUUGAGCGAUGUAUGAGCAUUCUGCAGUCCGGGACCCAGAUGAUAAAACUGAAGCGUGGGGCCAAAGGCCUUGUCCGGCUCUUCUACCUGGAUGAGCAUCGCAGCCGCCUCCGCUGGAGACCCUCCCGCAAGGGCGAAAAGGCAAAGAUCCUCAUCGACUCCAUCUACAAGGUCUCUGAGGGCUGCCAGUCUGAGACUUUCCUGCGGCAGCCCGAGGGUGCCCUGGACCCCAGCUGCUGCUUCACCAUCUAUCAUGGCAGCCACAUGGAGCCUCUGGACCUCACCACCUCCCACCCUGAGGAGGCACGCACCUGGAUCACCGGCCUUAGGUACCUGCUGGCCGGCAUCAGUGAUGAGGGUUCUCUGGCUAAGAGGCACCGGAGCCACGACCAAUGGGUGAAGCAGACCUUCGAGGAGGCCGACAAGAAUGGGGAUGGCUUGCUGAGCAUUGAGGAGAUCCACCAGCUCAUGCGCAGGCUCAAUGUCAACCUGCCCCGGAGGAAGGUCAGACAGAUGUUCCAGGAAGCAGACACAGAUGAGAACCGUGGCACGCUGACCUUGGAGGAGUUCUGUGUCUUCUAUCGAAUGAUGUCACUGAGGCGGGACCUGUACAUGCUGCUUCUCAGCCACAGUGACAGGAAGGACCAUCUCACGGCUGAUGAGCUGGCACAGUUCCUUAGGGUGGAACAAAAGAUGAACAAUGUGACCCCCGAGUACUGUUUUGACAUCAUACAGAAGUUUGAAGUGUCAGAAGAAAAUAAAGCAAAUGGGGUCCUUGGUAUUGAAGGCUUCACCCGCUUCCUGCGCAGCCCGGCCUGUGACAUCUUCAACCCACUGCACCACUCUGUGCACCAGGACAUGGAGCAGCCGCUGAGCAGCUACUACAUCGCUGCCUCGCACAACACCUACCUGACGGGUGACCAGCUGCUGUCCCAGUCCCGAGCCGACAUGUAUGCCCGAGUGCUGCGGGAUGGCUGCCGCUGUGUGGAAGUGGACUGCUGGGAUGGGCCCGAUGGGGAGCCAGUGGUGCAUCACGGUUACACCCUCACCUCCAAGAUCCUCUUCCGGGAUGUGGUGGAGACCAUCAAUAAAUAUGCCUUUGAGAAGAACGACUUCCCCGUGAUCCUGUCCCUGGAGAACCACUGCAGCAUCCCCCAGCAGAGGAAGCUAGUCCAGCAUCUCAAGGGCAUCCUGAGGGAUAAGCUGGACCUCUCCGCCGUGCACCCAGGCGAUGGCAGGCAACUUCCGAGUCCCCUCAGCCUAAAGGGCAAGAUCCUGGUCAAGGGUAAGAAGUUGCCCACGUACCUGGCGUCGGAUGCAGAGGAGGGGGAGGUGUCUGAUGAAGACAGUGCAGAUGAGCUGGAGGAUGAGUGCAAGUUCCGGCCGAGGCCUAGUGAUGGGAGCAGUGAGCACCACGCAGAGACUUCCACCCGCAGGAAGCUGGAGUUGCUGCUGAGGGAGUCGAGGGCCCGAGACCGGGAGGACACAGACAGCUUUACCGUGCGGGCACUGCUGCAGGCCACACGUGAGGGCCUAGAUGCCCACCUGCCACAGUGCCCUGACGCCAAGGACAACCAGAAGAAGACACACACGCGCACUCUCGUUGCUGGUCUCGGAAAGCAGAAGAAAACCAAGAAGUCUCUGCCCAAGUCUUGUGGCUCUGAUGAAGAGGACGAGGUACUCGUGAACUCCGGCAGGGAGGGUGGCCAGCUGUACAGGCUGGGCCGCCGCAGGAAGACCAUGAAGCUGUGCCGGGAGCUGUCGGACCUGGUGGUGUACACCAACUCUGUGGCUGCACAUGACGUUGUGGAGGAUGAGUCCACCGGGAACGUGCUGUCCUUCAGUGAGGCCAGAGCCCACCAGCUGGUGCACCACAAGUGGGAGCAGCUCAUGGCCUACAACCAGAGGCAGCUCACCCGGGUCUACCCCUCUGCCUACCGCAUUGACUCCAGCAACUUCAACCCGCUGCCCUACUGGAACGCAGGCUGCCAGCUGGUGGCCCUCAACUACCAGUCCGAGGGGCGGAUGAUGCAGCUGAAUCGCGCCAAGUUUGAGACCAACGGCAACUGCGGCUAUGUGCUGAAGCCCCAGCAGAUGUGCAGAGGUACCUUCAACCCUUACUCGGGGGAUCCACUUCCUGCUAACCCCAAAAAGCAACUCAUUCUGAAAAUCAUCAGUGGUCAGCAACUCCCCAAACCUCCAGACUCUGUGUUUGGGGAACGAGGCGAGAUCAUCGAUCCUUUUGUGGAAGUCGAGGUUCUUGGCUUGCCUGUUGACUGCUGUAAAGACCAAACCCGAGUGGUGGAUGACAAUGGAUUUAACCCUGUGUGGGAGGAGACGCUGACAUUCACGGUGCACAUGCCUGACAUAGCCCUGGUCCGCUUCCUGGUGUGGGACCACGACCCCAUUGGCCGGGACUUUGUGGGCCAGAGGACAGUCCCCUUCAGCAGCCUGGCACCAGGCUACCGGCAUGUCUACCUGGAUGGGCUGCCAGAGUCGUCCCUGUUCGUUCACGUGACCAUCAACGAGAUCUUUGGCAAGUGGAGCCCCCUAAUCCUCAACCCCAGUUACACCAUCCUGCACGUUCUAGGCGCUACCAAGAGCCGCCAGCUACAGGGCCUGAAGGGGCUAUUUAGCAGGACGCCCCGGCCUGGUGCCACCGAGGGCACCCCCCACCCUGUCCGAAAACGCUCCCUGGGUGACCGGAUCCUGCGCCGCUCGGCCAGUGCACCAGCCAAGGGCAGGAAGAAGAGCAAGCUGGGCCUCCAAGAGGUGGUGGACUCCAGGGACUCGCUAUCUGAGGCUCCACGUGAGCCCACUGGGGUGCUUCGGCGGGCGCCCCGGAGCUUGCAGGCACGCCCCGUGUCCAUGCCAGUGGACAAAAUUCUCCUGGGCGCUCGUUCCUUGCCCUUUCCAGCCCCGGAAGACCCUGAAGACCAAGAGAAGGUUCAGGUACAAAGCUGAGUAAGAGACCAGAGUGCAUGGACCAUGGGCAAAGAGCAGGAACUUUGGCCAGCAGUGACAGUGGAGAUCCGAGCUUGUCCCCAUUCCUGUCCUCAUCCGUGGCUCCCAUGCACAGAGACCCCAUGGGCCAGCGGU